AAACUGAGCAAGUCCGAGUUUUUAAAUUUAAAGUCCAAGUAUGUUGAAAGUUCCCAUGUCAGAUCGAACGAAAUGAAAGUCUUUAUGAACGAUUUAGAACGAGCCAAUCAGAGAGCAACUUUGGCAGAAAAAGAGGCGUUGACGCUUAAAAAACAGAUCGAGACGGCAAAACAAUCAUUAUACCAGACUAAUACUAUAUACCAGGACUCGGGCAUGGACAAAAGUGGAAAGUCGAUUUCUUAUUCGUCCGUGGAACUUGAACUUGCUGCUAAAGAUAAAGAAAUUACUCAACUUGAAGAAAUGGUAGCGGACAAAAAUGAAACCAUCCACCUGUUGGAAAACAAGCUAACUAAACAGAAAGAUUACGAAGUGAUGAAGAAAGAACUCGAUAUGUUAAAGAUAAGCGAACUCUCCAAUCAUCUUAGUCCAGAAAACAACAACGAGGGGAAAGAAGACAACGACGCAGUUGAACCACGAGAUCUCUUAUUGUCAGAGAAAAACAAGAAUUCGGGAUCCACGUGCAAUACAACACGCACUGACUUGUCUGAAUCCACGUGCAAAACAACACACACUGAUUCGUCUGAUAAUUUUCAACUUCAGACAGAAAACUCGUUACCUCCAGGACUACAAAAUGUUGAAAUGUUUACGUCACUUCUUGGAGAAGAGAUCGUAUCGUCCUAUUCGAAACUAUUGAAAAAAGAAGAGUGUGAGUAUACAUCAAAUCCUUCAGAGACCUCUACUUCGCCAACAUUUACCGUUUGUUCUCAGCCUCUUAACUGUGCUAAACCUAAUUACCACAAGAAUUCUUCGAGGGACAGAGUGUCUCGCUGUGAUAUCGCUACUGUAGAAACCCUGCAAGAGUGCCUCCGUAUUUGUAUGGACAAAUACGCAAAUGAAACUUUGAAUACGCUGAAUAUUUCUCGUGCUAUUCGAGAGCUUUUGAGUGCCCAUAAUAUUGGACAACGUCAGUUUGCCAAGUACGUCCUUGGCUUAUCCCAAGGUACUGUCAGCGAACUUCUUUCAAAACCGAAACCAUGGGACAAACUGACGGAAAAAGGAAGGGACUCUUACCGCAAGAUGCACGCGUGGGCUUCGGAUGACAGUUGUAUUUAUAUGCUAAAGACUCUGGUACCUAGAAAAGGAAAAGAUUUUGAACUUCCAAACUGCAGGCAGGAGGAUGCUGUUACUAAGGGGCGCGUCAACCAAAUUCUGAAUGAAGCUAGACAAACCAUGUUAGCUCCCACCAAAGACAAAAAAGAGUUGGUAACUUACAAUGGAAAUAUGAGACACUCUCCUGAGUGUAAGACUGCAAAUGGAGCUCUGGAAAAACAAGAGGAAGAAAGUGAAAACCCUGACAGAGAAGGAGACAAACACUGGUCUUAUCAAAAUAACAUUUUGUAUAAACAUCAGCCAUACUUUCACAUUCCAAGGCAAGCGAAUGGUGACAUUUCUCAAGAAAGGAUUAAACGAAUCUACCAGGAAGAGUUGACUAAGCUGAUGGGCCAGAGAAUGGAAAAGGGUUUCUGUGUUCCAAAGGAUCAGUUUGAAUGUUCACAAGACGAGAUCCGUCAAGCUCUGACAAUCUACUAUCAAGAGCUGUCCAAUCUCUCACAACUGAUCCCCCACUCCAUGACAGAGCUUGCACAUUUAGGUGUAACAGCAAACCUAGUGAAUAGUUCAGUGCACUGUUCCACAUUUCCCAGUUUUUUGAACUCUAUGAAUUCGGCUCAUUCCCGUUGCAAUGCAGUCGUUGACGCAGCGACUCAACCCACUAGCUGGAGAACCAAACUAAAUGUUGGCUCUUCCACAGAGCCUGAAGAGUCUCACCAUCAUGGAAGUGCUUUUUCUCUUGUGAGACCCAAACCCGAACCUAGUAGUACAUCCAAAACACCAGUGUCUUAUCCUCUUGGAACAAACUCUUCAUCCUCUCCUUGUGGCACACUGAUAACCAUGGUUGAACCUUCAGGAUCUGUAGAGGAUCCCAGCUCUUCCGCUUCACCUCUCCAGAGAAUGCAGUCAAUCACCAACUCACUUCUAACUCAAUCAACUCUUACAAAUUCGUAUCAUCAACAGCGUCCAACCAAAUCUGUUCUAUCGCCUAUCACUCAACAGCAGUUUGACCAGUACAACAACCUCAACACAGAAGAAAUUGUUAAAAAUAUAAAAGAGCAACUCAGCCAGUUUUCCAUUAGCCAGCGGCUGUUUGGAGAGAGCGUGCUGGGACUCUCCCAGGGAUCUGUCUCUGACUUACUGGCUAGACCCAAGCCGUGGCACAUGCUGACCCAGAAGGGUAGGGAGCCUUUUGUCCGUAUGAAGAUGUUCUUAGAUGAUGAAAAUGCUGCCCAUACGCUUGUUGCAUCCCAGUAUAAGAUCUCACCAGAGAAACUAAUGCGUACAAGAUCUUACCUCGGGAUUGGUGGGACUACUUCAGGACCUGGUAAAGUACCAUCUCAACCGUCAGAUCUAAGUAUUUCUCAACAGUUACCACAGCAACAGAACCACUUCUCAUAUAAUGCCUCUCCCAUGGAGUCAUCUAGAACUCCCCCAAAAUGUUUAGAAAACCCCCCAGUUACUGUUAGCACCAGUGUAACGCAUUGUAGUACCACAACCCAUAGCAGUAGCCCAAAAAAGUUAUCUCACAACUCUCGUCCUUCGCCCUACGUGAACCCCUCCGUGUAUGAAAUAGCGGCACGGACGACGGAUCUUGACACCCAGUCCAUAACGUCUAAAGUAAAGGAGACCCUCUUGACCAACAACAUUGGCCAGAAGAUCUUUGGAGAGGUUGUGUUAGGACUAUCUCAAGGCUCUGUCAGUGAACUCUUGUCUAAGCCUAAACCUUGGCACAUGCUCAGUAUUAAAGGUCGUGAACCUUUCGUCCGUAUGCAGCUGUGGUUGACAGACCCCCACAGCGUUGAGAAACUUCAGGCUAUUAAAAACGAUAGAAGGGAAGCCAAUAAACGUAAAAGGAACGGUGGUGAUCCCCACGAAAUUAGGAACUCCUUCAAAGAAAACAACAUCUUCAGCUAUGAUCUACCACCACCAUCACCAUACUCAUCAACCAAGAAGCCACGAAUCCUUUUUUCUGAUGAGCAGAAAGAGGCACUUCGUUUGGCCUUUUCAAUGGACCCUUACCCUAGUACUGUUACCAUGGAGUUCCUGGCAAGUGAACUUAACCUUUCUGUUCGUACAGUUACAAACUGGUUCCACAACUACCGCAUGCGUCUGAAGCAACAGACAGCGCCCCCUGGCCAGCACAAUGAAUAUAAACCGAGUGACAACGGUAUCGCCACGCCUGCACUGAGAGAAACGAAUACUGGCUUUGAUCCACUCCACUUUCGGUCUUUACUGGAUGGCCGACUUGCCGAGAUCGACAAAGGAAAAAGCAAGGUUUCAAGGAUGUAUAGUACGUACAUCCAGAACGAAAACGACGGAACUCUAGAUCUGAGCAUGUCUAGUCAGCAUUUUCCGCCAGGUGGCAGCAGUAGCUGUAGCAGUUUUCAGUCUGGUCCUUUUGAAACUACUUGUAGAAGCCCCUAUGAUAAUUCAACCAAUGAUGUCAACGAAGACUCAAACUUCUCUCACGAUCGCGUGGUUUCAGAAAACAGUGACCAGGAGUCCGUGGGAGAACAACGAUCACCAUGUCCUUUUGGUCAGCAGAACAGACUAAGAGAGACACAACGUACUAGCAAGAGGAGGAAACCCGCUAUGCCCCAGUGGGUGAAUCCAGAAUUAGAAUAUUCUGCUGAUAGCGAUAUCAAAAGUGAUGAUGAUGAUGAAGACACACAGCAACGUAAAGACGUCAAAGAUAAAGGGGAAAUCAUCAACGGUGUGUGUGUUCGGCAAGCAGGAGACUUUAACCUUCACUCAUUGAAACCAGAACAAGUUAUGGAAGUUAAAUUAGUUCCAGCUGAAAGAGACGUCAAUUGCGUAUCUCGGAACGAGGAAAAAACUACUUCAGAAAGAAAUAUCCGCAAAGAAGAAAAGGAGGAAGGAUCUUUUCCAAAUGAUGGCCUAAAAGUAAACGAUGUUAGUAACCAAGAAAUCAACUGUGAUAGCCAAGAAAGUAUAAACAGCUUCAAAAUAGUAGACUCGUGCGAAGAAAGAGGAAAUAGAGAAUAGGAGAGUUAAAUAUUAAAGUCGUAAAUGAAUAAGAUAUUGAACUGAUACCAGUUGAAUGUAUGAUAAAAAAUUUACUCUAAGUAUAAUUCGGAAUUAGGAUCCAAAUUCCCCAAUCGCCCUCCUCCCACCGCCUCCCAAAAAAUAGAUGUUCGUUGUUUUUUUCUUGAGCGAAGUGUACUAUCAAGUGUCCAACACAGCGCCACAAAUGUCUGAAUGUCUGUGUUUCAGUGCGCGUUCCAUUUUAAUUAUGAAAAUUACCUGGCAAUCAAAAAAAGUGAGAGAGAGAGAGAAAGAACUGACUGUUCAGCAUUCAAGGUGAUCACAAUAAGUACAUGUGAUUUUAUCCUCUUUAGCCUCGGUACAUGGCCAAAAUAAAAAAAAGGGGGAUUAAAACAAGUUGUACUUUAUUUAGAGAUUUUUAAAGAAAACACAUCCACCAAGUGGAAACACAUCUGUAAACAAUAUACGUUGUUGUUUUGAUUACUUGUCCAGAAAUUUUGGCAACGUAACGUGUUUUCCGAGUAAUAAAACUUGUGUUAUUUCCAAACGUAACGUUACAACCACAUGUAAAUAGCCUAAUAUUGUGAUCUAGAUUAGACUAGCCCAAGCCUGUGUCCAGUCUGUUUUCGUUGCUGACCUUCACUUCUUUGAAAGAAUGAUCGCUUUAGUAUUUUAAAAGGCGAUUGUUACUGUGUGUCCCAGAAAUUAUGACGUAGUCAAAGUCCCGCAGCCUAUCACGUGCUACACUCUCUGAUGUUACAUAAAUCUCUUACGCUAUCCUUGUAUUUGCGCUAUUUUAUACGGAAUUACUUUUUGAUACACUUUACCAAUUUAAAAGCGAUAGAAACUCUUUGACCAAGUGCAAAAUAUUCGAAAAGUUUGUUACAUUUUGUUUGUUUUUCCUUUAUUUCCAUUAAACAGUUCUGGAAAUAUAGCGUUAUUAUUACAUUUGUUUGGAAAUGUAGUGAAAAUAAAGGGGUGGUAAAGAGGUAAUUAUGAAACCAACACAUAAAAUUAGUAGUGCAAUCUCAACCUAUAAACUUUAUUUCUCUGUUAUUGUAUGUGUAUGAUUCAACAUCUGUAGGCCUAACCUGUUUAAUGUUGGGUCACUGCACUUAUCUUGUAGGGAAGGAAGGUAAAUUGGAUGAUACGGGAAAUUCGAUGUGCUAUCUUUAUUGAAUAACGACUUUUUUAUUACAGUGCCUCUCUAAAAUUAUCUAUAAAUAUUAGAAGGUAAUUUUUCAAUGCAAUGUAGCCCAAAGUAAAAAGUACUAGUGACUAUAGUUUUAUUUUAAAAUGGUGCAUUGUAAUUGUCAGAUUUCUCAUUGUUAAUUCCUUCGAAUGGGUAUUUCAAGUAUGCUAUAUUUUACAUUUUAAUUACAAAUCCCAUUACGGAAAACGUAAUUUUUUGUUAUUUUAACCUAUUUGAAAAUAUUGUUGUGCAUUGUAUUCAAUUAAGGAUAUGCUAACUAUACUUACUAUUCAACUACCGCGUGCGGUUUUUGAAUAUUGCUGCCUUUCUAGAAUUCUGUAAUAUACAUUAAUUCUUGCUGUUCAUCCACGUUUUUCUGAUAUCCUUCUAUCAAAAUGCACCUUUUUUACCACUGUAUAUGUGUGUCGGUUUAUUGUAGAUUUCGAUCUCUUAUUGGUAAUUAUACAUUCAAAAAUAGGUGUGUAAUGAUUUUAAAGCAAAAUCUUCGCCUUUCAGGGGGCUAUUUUUACUCGUGUUUUCUUCAACUUGUCUUAAAAGUUUGCUUUGAAAAUGAAUGCUUGUAUGUUUGAUAUUAAAAUUCAUAUUGCUAUUUUUAUUCCACCUCAUGACAAAUAAAGUUGGAUUUUCUUCUUCAGUGGGAACUAUA